AUGGCUGGCAGAGCACGGUUUCUGAGGGAGCACAAGCUAGUUGUUGUUGGGGGAAGACGUGUUGGGAAGUCAGCUUUGACUAUCCAGUUUAUUCAAGCUGCCUUUGUAGCAGAAUACGAACCCGCGAUUGUGGAAACGUACCGAAAACAAUGCAUUAUCGACGAUGAAAUUGCCCUGCUUGAAGUUGAGGAAGCCCCUGCUUCAUUGUCCUACAGUGCCUUUCGAGACCUAUUCAUAAAAAUUGGCGAGGGGUUUCUUCUCGUGUACUCCAUCACGUCUCGCAACUCCUUUGAGGAAAUUAGGACUUUCUAUCAACAAAUUCUUCGAGUGAAGGACCAAGAUUCAUUCCCUGUCAUCAUCGUGGCGAAUAAAUGCGACUUGGAAUAUGAACGACAGGUUGGCAUGGAUGAGGGACGUGAUCUAGCAAAGCACUUUGGGUGCAAAUUUAUCGAAACGUCGGCCAAGCAACGGAUCAAUGUCGACGAGGCUUUCAAUCAUCUCGUUCGGGACAUUCGCAAGUAUAAAAAGGAGCAGCAAACAGGUCGUUCCGUCGUCGCUGGUAACGGCCGUGGACCGACAGGACGAUAUAUACAAGGCCAAGGGUCUUUCAGUUGCGGCGCGGGCUGCGUCGUUCUCUAA